CACUGAGAAAUAAGGGGCAAGUGUUUGAAUAAAGCUUCAAUGGCUACUGGAGAAGACUCAGGGUUAGUGCCGUGGAUUCGCAAGAAACUCGGUUUCAAGACCCCAGAGAGGAGAACUGUUCAGGAGCAGCUGGCCAGGGAUCUGUGGGAGGCUGUAGUCAAUAAGGAUGUCAGCAAAGUGAGGUCUGUUUUGAAACAGGGGGCCAACCCCAAUCACCAGCUCUACUGGAAUGAGGAGUGGUGUGAUGUGUUUAAGAAGAAUAAACGCCCUCCAGUACACCGAGCAUGCCUGGAGGGCUACCUGGAGAUCACUAGAGCACUCGUUAGUGGUGGAGCUGAUAUUGAGAAAGGUGAUGGACGAUGGGGCGAGACUGCAUUUCACGGGGCGUGUAGGAGAGGACAUAUGGAGACUGUGGUGUAUUUAUCACAAGAGAUGAAAUGUCGUAUUGAUGUGAGGAACAAGUGGAACCAAACACCACUGCACUAUGCUUGUGCGGGAGGAAGUAUACAAGUAGUGCAAUACAUUGUGGAGGUACUCAAGGUUGAUGUUGAUGUGACUGAUGAUUGGGGCAGGACUCCUCUUGACGAGGCAGUAGAGUGGAGGUGCACUGAAGUUAUUGAUUAUCUCAAAUCUCUACAACCCUCCACUCCUAAAGCAGAUACUCCAAAUGGUUCCGAACAACUUCUUUCUAAUUCAAUUGUUGACAAGACCUCAUCAAUGACCUCUGACCCUCUGUCUGGUCAACAGACACCCAGUGCUGGCGAUGAACAACCAGAAACAACUGAUACUCAAAAUGAUUCCAUACAACUUUCAACGGAUGACCAAACCUUGUCAAGCACUCCAUUGACUGAGGAAGACUCUGAUGCUCUAGAAAAGCUGCUCCUAGACAACAAAAUCUCUUUGACUGGUGAAAGGACAUAUGAGACAGUAGUUCACCACCUUCGUGAGCUCGGACAUAUGGAACUUGCAGCCAACCUGAGGGAAAACCUCGACAAAGUGAUUGGAGAGCAAAAGCGAUAUCUGAAGAAAUUGGAUGAUCUGAUGACUGACAAAGACACUAUCUCCAUGCAGUACCUCCGCCUCCUUCUUGUCGGGCCACCAUUCGUGGGGAAAACAACAACUCUUGGCCGUUUACUGAAAGAUAUCGAAAACAUUAGUUCUGCUGGAGACAAGGCAAAGCUACGCAGUACGCUACUCACCAAUUGCCACCAAGUGGUCGCCUACAUGAACAAAGAUGCCACAGAAUGGGUUUGUUCUAAAGACGUAGAAGAGGAAGCAAAGAUCCUCUUUGGCUACAUGUACAGUAGCAAGGUCGAUGAAGUUCCGAGUGCUCCAACUGAGAAAAAGACAAAAACUGUCCCCGAAAGCGAAAAGCACACAAGCAUACCCAAGCCACUUUCUCUUGAAAAGCCUCAGUCAAAGCCUCAAGAAGAAACACACUCUGAAAUACAAGAGAAUGCUCACCAACAAAACAGGCUCAUACCCAUCAAAGCUAGAUUACAAAAACUGAUAAAGAACGGAAACUACUCUGAAAUGGCCAAAUGUCUCGGCAACACCUUGCUAAACAUCAACGAUGUUGGAGGACAACCUGCCUUCCUAGAAAUGCUACCAGCCCUAUGUAAUGGUCCUGCCAUGUAUCUAGUGUUCUUGGAUUUAAGCAAGGAACUUGACGAACCCUACGAUAUUCCCUUCAGUCGUGACAACACAGUCAUUACUCCAUACAAAGCUGCUCACACAGUGGAAGCCACCGUCUCUCAAAUCCUCUCAGCAGUUGCAAGUAUCCAUCACGUCUCUCGAGAAGAUGCCAAGUACAAAACCACCUCCAAAUUGAGCGAGACGUUUGAAAAGUUCCAACAAGUUCGUCCGGUAGCAGCUUUGAUUGGUACUCACGUGGACAAGCUGGAGAAUCCGAAAGAGAAAAUCAAGCAGGUCAACGAUGCUCUAAAAGCAACUACUCAAAAGUUUGCCGAGAUCCUUGUAUCACCUCCGCCAGAUUCUGAAUCUUCCUUUUUUGCCGUGGACAACUUUGCUGGAACUGAACAGUCUGACAUUGCCCCGAUUCGUGAUUUUCUGAGCGAUGUUUUCGCGUCUCAUUUCAAGGAUGCAUCCCUGCCCAUCAAACCAAAAUGGCUCCUACUGGGCACACUACUGCGGAUGGAGUACUCAAUUGUGUCGAUGGAAGACUGUCUGGAAAUAGGGAGAUUGUUGGAAAUGGAUGAAGAAGAUACCAAAUUCUGUCUUUGGUAUCUACAGAAGAUUGGAUCCAUACUCCAUUACGAGAAUGUACCCAAUGAUAUCGAUGGCUGGCUAAGCAACCACAUGUUCUGCACCCCUGAAGUGAUCUUCACUAGCAUCAGCCAACUGAUCCUUGCUGCUUUACGCAUCCUCCAUUCUGAAGGCCACGUCACUGAAUUUGAGCGAGCGGAGUUGGUCAAGAUGGGGCAGUUUUCACUGAAGGCCAUUAUCAAGUACUGUAAUGGUCCUGAUGUUGCAAAGAUGCUCAAGAAAGGAGAGAUUAUCCCAGCCAAGCAUCUCAUCAUACUUCUGCAAUAUCUCAACCUUCUUUCUGAAAUCGUUCACAAAGAUGUCAAUGAUCCGAAGGUCACUCGAAUCACCUACCUCAUGCCAGCUAUUUUGGACUGUGCUUCACAAGACGAGCUAACCAACCCACCUCAACCAGAUACCAACAACCCAGAACCACUCUACAUCACAUUCAGCUUUGGUUACGUACCAACAGGAGUCUUCUGUGGGCUUAUCACUCGACUAGUUUCCCAAGGCCCUCAUGGAAUUCUCGGAUUGACGUGGGAAUUGGUGGAAGAUGGCGUCAAACGAAAUUGUGUAUCGUUUUCUGUCGAUGAUGUUCAUACGGUUACACUACUCUCCCACGAAAAGAGCUACGAAAUUCGAAUCUCUCGAGACGACCCUGAUACCUCUCUUCAUGACAUCUGUGGAUAUGUGCUGUCAGCAAUCCUCUACACUCUCAAGUGCCUGUUCCAGCAUCUGGUGAUGCAUAUUGCAUUCCAAUGUCCCUGUUCCAAGGAUUGUACUGAACGCAGCGUCAACCAUCUGUGUGCUCUCUCUAGCAAAUCACGAAUCAGGUUUAUCUGUGAGGCCUCCAAGAAAGCAGUUAGUCUCAAAUCAGAACAACAAGUAUGGCUGGGAAAACACGUGUGUCUAGGAAGCACGACGGAACUAGAGGUGCUAAAGUUUGCUGAAUAUGGUUUCUCCUUCCACUGGAGCAAAGAGGGCUCCAGACGUCAGAUCAAGACAACUGAUGAUCAGCCCAACACUGUGAGCUUCCCAUGCGUGAGAGAGGAGGACUUCGGUCACUACCAGUGUGAGGUGAAGAAUGCAGCUGCUGGGAAAGUGCUCCUCACUCUCUACACAGCUCUCUACAAAGAGGAUACAAAUCCUCUAGCCUCAGGACAGCGCAAAAGGUCAUUGCCAUCAGACAAAAAAGUUGAAACUCUGCCAAAGCGUCCAAAGAAUGAUGUCACUGUACAAGGUAAUGCAGUGACUCCACUAGCCACUCCACACACAACCACUCAGUCAGUUCAACAACGUGAGACGACAGCGACUGCAGCUCAGUUGAGUCAAGAGUGCUCGAAUGAAGCUCUUCUCCAGUUGUCUACCGAGAUAGCUGGCUAUGACAAAUACAAGCUCAGGCUGGGCCUCAGUGAUGCUGAGAUUGAGAAUAUCGAUCAAACCAUUGAUAAUAAUAUACCAGGGAGAUUUCACGCUGCUCUAAAGAAGUGGAAGAGUAAAAGCAUCAAUUUCGAUAAUCCAUCGAAAUCGUCAGCUACUUACGGUCGAUUAGUGGAAAUUGCCUCAGAGAUUGAGGACGGAGAGGCAGUUCGCAGCAUUCACAAGGCCUGUGUCAAGGAUACACUUCAGCCACAUGAGACGAUAGUGACAGCGACUGCAGCUCAGUUGAGUCAAGAGUGCUCGGAUGAAGCUCUUCUCCAGUUGUCUACCGAGAUUGCUGGCUAUGACAGAUACAAGCACAGGCUGGGCCUCAGUGAUGCUGACAUUGGUGCUAUUGAUCUGACAAUUGUUGGUAUUCCAGGGAAAUUCCUCGCUGCUCUAAAGAAGUGGAAGAGUAAAAAUAUUCUCCAAUUCAAUCCAUUGAAUUCAACAGCUACUUACGGUCGAUUAGUGGAAAUUGCUGCAAAGAUUGAGGACGGAGAGGCAGUUCGCAGCAUUCACAAGGCCUGUGUCAAGGAUACAUGACUGGAGGUCAUGGAUCAGUCAACACCAUCAGACACUACCAACACUAUAGAACCAUAAGCACAUUUGCACAUUAUUUUGUUUUGUUUGACGCUUAUUGUGGUAAUGAAUGAAGUGGCAUGAGUUUUUUUUACUGACAAUGUUCUUGGUAUGGAUCCUUCAACUUGGGAACAAAUAUUAGCCAGUAAUCCGGUAAAGAUCACUGCAGUAAUGAAUUUAUAAAUUUGCACACAUGGCCUACUGAGCUAUAUAAUUUAUAUAGCUACCGUACCGUAGACUAGACUCUGCUAUAGACUAGACUAAGAGCUUCACAGCUAGGCAGCAUUAAAACAGUAUAUAGCUCAGUAUAUAGAUCCCAGUUGCUAACAGAGAUGGCUCCAUGCACACGAGGCUACAAGCAGUGAAGAGAGAGAGCUAGCCAGAGAGUGACUGUCUCAAGGCAUCCUGACUAAGUGCUGCUGCUGGUGGAUAUGGUGGCUAGUCUGCAGAGGGAGCUGGACAAUGCAAGGGAGGAUUGUCAGCAGAGGAGCAUCCUAGCAAAACUGACCAAACAGUAGAAAUUCCAAAACUGUUUCUGACUGGAGCUGAUCCAAAUAAUUCGCGAUAGUUUCAAAAAUGCAAGCAAAGAUUGGUUUGAUUUAGGAUUGGCUCUCGGAGUGAAUAUUACUGACUUGAAAGACAUUGAAGACCAACACGCUAGUAACAACGACGCCUAACAGAGAUGGUGGGCAAGCGUCUUGAAGUCACUAAUCCAGAGCAUCCGAUGACAUGGCCUUACAUAUGUGAAUGUCUAAGGAGUCCUACUGUUGAGCGUAACGAUGUAGCCGAGGAAAUUGAAGACAAGUAUGUGAGGACAGCAACUGCAGUUGCUCAUAGUGCCACUAAUUGAUCAUGAGAACCUGACAAGCUUGAAGGGGACGAAUAAAGUAAAGAAGCAUAAAGAAGCAUACAUGCAAGAAUUAAGUAAAGAACUGACUGACUCUGUGCUAACGAUGUCGUCUAUAAUUAUAGCCAUUAUUAUAAAGUAUGAGUACUGUGACAUGUUCAAGCAUUGUUCCUUUGUUCCUUGUAAGGGAUCAGCAUCUUAUUCUUAUAGAAUAAUUAUUUAUAAUUGA